GUCUGCCGCUGCCGUCAAUGCCGCGGCCGCGAGCCGCGAUUAUAAGGUGUACCCUCGCAUCGACUACCGGACCAUUACCGGCGUUGAGGGGCCUUUGGUCAUCAUGGAAAACGUGAAGUUCCCCACCUACGGUGAGAUUGUUAACGUCAACCUGUCCGACGGUACCGUUCGACAAGGGCAGAUUUUGGAGGUGAACAAGAAGAAGGCCAUCGUGCAGGUCUUCGAGGGUACUAGCAACAUCGACAACAAGGACUGCCACAUCGAAUUCACUGGCGACACCUUGAAGAUGCCGAUCUCAGAUGACCUCAUGGGUCGUGCCUUCAACGGCUCCGGCAAGCCCAUCGACAAGGGGCCCACUGUGUUGGCAGAGGAGUUCUUGGACAUCAACGGCGCGCCGUUGAACCCCAAGUCUCGCGUGUACCCCAAGGAGAUGAUCCAGACGGGCAUCAGUGCCAUCGACACCAUGAACUCAGUGGUGCGAGGUCAGAAGCUGCCGCUUUUCUCGGCAGCCGGUCUGCCGCACAACGAGAUCGCGGCUCAGGUGUGCCGACAGGCAUCCUUGGUGAAGGGAAAGGAUGUGAUGGAUCACACCCAGGAGAACUUUAGCAUCGUCUUCGGAGCCAUGGGUGUCAACAUGGAGACUGCGCGGUUCUUCCGGAAUGACUUCGAAGAGAACGGCUCCAUGGAGAACGUUGUGCUUUUCAUGAACCUGGCCAAUGACCCCACCAUUGAGCGCAUUGUCACGCCCCGACUUGCGCUCACCACGGCAGAGUACUUCGCGUACACGCGCGAGCAGCACGUCUUCGUGAUUCUCACGGAUAUGAGUUCCUAUGCGGACGCCCUGCGAGAGGUGUCCGCGGCACGAGAGGAGGUGCCGGGCCGACGAGGAAACGGCUCCAUCACCCAGUUCCCCAUUCUCACCAUGCCCAAUGAUGACAUCACACACCCCAUCCCCGACCUGACCGGCUACAUCACGGAGGGCCAGGUGUUCGUGGACCGGGCUCUGCACAAUAGGCAGAUCUACCCGCCGAUCAACGUGCUGCCAUCUCUGAGCCGAUUGAUGAAGUCCGGCAUUGGCAAGGGCAUGACACGGGACGACCACCCCAACGUCUCCGAUCAGCUCUAUGCCAACUAUGCCAUCGGCCAGGACACCCGCGCGAUGAAGGCCGUGGUGGGUGAGGAGGCCCUCAGCGAGGAUGAGCACAAGUACCUGGAGUUCACUGACAAGUUUGAGCUGAAGUUCUUGGCGCAGGGCGCAUACGAGAACCGAGACAUCUUCACUUCUCUGGACAUUGCUUGGACGCUGCUGCGAAUCUUCCCCCAGGAGUUGCUGAAGAAGAUCCCGCAGAAGCUGAAGGACAAGUACUACGACCGGGAGAAGGAGAUCCAGAAAGCGGUGCAGGCCGCGCAGUUCCCAGUUUUGCCGGUAGUUUUGACGGGAGACGAUUGCGGCGCCAUCAUGCCGGAAGCUCAGUCUGCCGCUGCCGUCAAUGCCGCGGCUGCGAGCCGCGAUUAUAAGGUGUACCCUCGCAUCGACUACCGGACCAUUACCGGUGUGGAGGGGCCCUUGGUCAUCAUGGAAAACGUGAAGUUCCCCACCUACGGUGAGAUCGUCAACGUUAACCUGUCCGACGGUACCGUUCGACAAGGGCAGAUUUUGGAGGUGAACAAGAAGAAGGCCAUCGUGCAGGUCUUCGAGGGUACUAGCAACAUCGACAACAAGGAUUGCCACAUCGAAUUCACUGGGGACACCUUGAAGAUGCCGAUCUCGGAUGACCUCAUGGGUCGUGCCUUCAACGGCUCCGGCAAGCCCAUCGACAAGGGGCCCACUGUGUUGGCAGAAGAGUUCUUGGACAUCAACGGAGCGCCGUUGAAUCCCAAGUCUCGCGUGUACCCCAAGGAGAUGAUCCAGACAGGCAUCAGCGCGAUCGACACCAUGAACUCAGUGGUGAGAGGUCAGAAGCUGCCGCUUUUCUCGGCUGCUGGUCUGCCGCACAAUGAGAUUGCGGCCCAGGUGUGCCGACAGGCAUCUCUGGUGAAGGGCAAGGAUGUCAUGGACCACACCCAGGAGAACUUUAGCAUCGUCUUCGGAGCCAUGGGUGUGAACAUGGAGACCGCGCGCUUCUUCCGGAACGACUUCGAAGAAAACGGUUCCAUGGAGAACGUCGUGCUCUUCAUGAACCUCGCCAAUGACCCCACCAUUGAGCGCAUUGUCACGCCCCGACUUGCGCUCACUACAGCAGAGUACUUCGCGUAUACGCGCGAGCAGCACGUCUUCGUGAUUCUCACGGACAUGAGUUCAUAUGCGGACGCCCUGCGAGAGGUGUCCGCGGCACGAGAGGAGGUGCCCGGUCGACGAGGAUAUCCUGGAUACAUGUACACAGACUUGUCAACCAUCUACGAGCGAGCUGGACGCGUCGAGGGGCGAAACGGCUCCAUCACCCAAUUCCCCAUUCUCACCAUGCCCAACGACGACAUCACACACCCCAUCCCCGACCUGACCGGCUACAUCACGGAGGGCCAGGUGUUCGUGGACCGGGCUCUGCACAAUAGGCAGAUCUACCCGCCGAUCAACGUGCUGCCAUCUCUGAGCCGAUUGAUGAAGUCCGGCAUUGGCAAGGGCAUGACACGGGACGACCACCCCAACGUCUCCGAUCAGCUCUAUGCCAACUAUGCCAUCGGCCAGGACACCCGCGCGAUGAAGGCCGUGGUGGGUGAGGAGGCCCUCAGCGAGGAUGAGCAUAAGUACCUGGAGUUCACUGACAAGUUUGAGCUGAAGUUCUUGGCGCAGGGCGCAUACGAGAACCGAGACAUCUUCACUUCUCUGGACAUUGCUUGGACGCUGCUGCGAAUCUUCCCCCAGGAGUUGCUGAAGAAGAUCCCGCAGAAGCUGAAGGACAAGUACUACGACCGGGAGAAGGAGAUCCAGAAAGCUGUGCAGUCACUGAAGAGCUCCAACGUGGUGGUCAUCACAGACCCGAGGCGACAAAGCCUGGACCAUGAGCUGGACGACGAGCUCGCCAAGUUUCCGGAGUACUGGGUCACUCGCGACUGCCCGCAACCCUUCCACAACAUUGUGGAGUGCGGAACGGAAGAGCUUACCCACGUACAGGAGAUCAUGGACCGGACCAUGUAUGCUCCCGGCGAGGCACCGCAUCGAUGCAAGAUCCAGAAGCUCUUGCGUGUGGAGGAUUCCAAGAUGUGGAACACAUACGAGAGGAGCGUAGCAUGUCUUGCGGAAGCUCGCACACAAGAGGCGCGUGCUGAAGUGAUCCGAACGCCCCACUCCGGGACCGAGUGCCCCAGGCCUUUGACCUGGCGAGUCGCCUCGGAUGACUUCCGGAGUCGGCUUCGCCUCGAGUGCAAUGAGGCAUACUUAUGGCACGGCACAGACCGCAAAUCAGCCGAGAGCAUUAUAGGACACCACUUUGACAUGAAGCGGGCAGGGACGGUGAAUGCCAAAGCUCUGGGCAGAGGCGCGUACUUUGCUGAGACCUCCUUCCUUGCCGACAAGUACGCGCCGGAAGGGCAGGAUGGGCUUCGGGCUGUCCUUUUGGUCAGAGCUGCCUUGGGCCGGGUCUAUGUGGAGACUAGGUAUACCAAAUGGCGAGGAGGCAGACUGAAGCGCAUGGUUUCGGCCAAGCACGUGGUCAAAGAAGGUAAGUUUGACAGUGUUCUUGGAGACCGAAAGUUUGCCUUCAACACAGAUGCUCGCGAGUACUGUGUGUCGAACACUGGCCAGCUAUAUCCAGAGUAUAUGUGCCUGUACUCCCGACAAGAUCCACAAAAUUCACAAAAGCCCGGCUGGCAGUCCGAGUCUGGCGGAACGACUUCUUGA